AUGGAUCUUCAUGAAGAAUCUUUUGCUAUGUUUCACCAAGACCCUGAAAUAUCAGAGAUAGCUUCUGUUUACUGCCUUUGGGUCAUACCGGCUUUAUUCGGUUACUCUGUUCUUCAAUCUUUGAUCCGUUACUUUCAAACACAAAGCUUGAUAUACCCUAUGGUACUCUCUUCUUUCACUGUUCUAUGUUUACACGUACUUGCUUGUUGGGUAUUGGUUUACACUUUAGGGCUUGGAACGAAAGGUGCAGCUUUGUCUAUUAGCCUUUCGUAUUGGCUCAACGCGGGUUUCCUCUGGUUGUUCAUGAGACAUUCUCGAGUUUGCGAAGGCAAACGGGUUUUCAUAUCGAUGGAAACGUUUGGUCACAUGAAAAUUUUCUUCUCAUUAGCAGUUCCUUCUGCUAUGAUGGUUACUCUUGAGUGGUCGGCUUUCGAGAUCUUGAUUCUUAUCUCCGGAGUUUUACCAAAUGCAAAGCUAGAGACGUCGGUGAUUUCCAUGAUCUUCACAACCUCUUAUUUGCACUACAAUUUGGCGUCUCCGAUCGGUGCUGCCGCAAGCACAAAUCUGGCGAACGAACUAGGAGCUGGAAACCUAGUCGCAGCUUGGGCUUCUGCGACUAUUGCAAUCAGUAUUGCAGCUGUUGAAUCUUCUGCGAUGAGCUUUGCUCUGUUCCUCUCAAGACAUGUUUGGGGCUAUGCUUACAGUAAUGUUCCUGAAGUGAUUUGUUACGCCGCAGAAAUCACACCGAUUCUCUGCAUUUCCAUUGUUAUGGACAGCUUGUCAGCCUCGCUAACCGGUAUCUGGAGCUUAUGGCGAAGGAGCAGACCGGAGGUGAUGAUCGGAGUGGACCGGAGGAGAUCGGAGCAAUCGGAUGAAAGGAACUUGACGGAACAGAGCAUUGAGCAUAAGGAACAGAGUGCUUGA